AUGCUGUUUCUGGUAUUCCUUGUAGCUGCGGCUCAGGCGGCCGACGAGUUGAUCACGUUCACUGCUUUUCAAGAACAGCACGUCCACUUCCCAAAUAAUGUCGCAGCCAUCAACAGCACGGUGACGGUUCAUGCUCAAAUUCAUGCUCAGGCAAAACGGUGGCGCAUUAGCUUGGUGUCCAACGACCUGUGGAGGGUGGUGAUUGCCCUUGAUUCGGUGGUGGAGCAGAAUUUGCAUUAUUACGCUUCUUCGCUUGAUAACACCCGUACCCUGGCCCCAAAAUGGAUCCUGGGCUCUCCGGUUUAUAAUCGUCAGCCUUACGGCCCAGGCAAAAUCAUGGACGUGGCAAUGAAAAUUGUCGGUGAGCGCCAGAUCCAAGUUUCUUUUGGAAAAGGAGCCGGAGUCCGAGGGCAUCUCUACACUCUUCCUGAGGAAUUCCCGAAUCUCGCCACGCAGAGCCAUACCGUUAUUGUCUCCGGUGAUCUCCGUUCGAUCAAAAUCGGCGGCACGGCCAUCGGCAGCAACAACCAAUACGGAGGCGCUCGCGAUAUCAACGAGAAUACAGCACCGGAAUUCUGGGAAGUGAUCUCCGACGAGCACGGUAUCGACCCCAAUGGCUCCUACGUCGGCGAUUCCGAUCUGCAACUCGAACGCAUCAACGUCUACUACAAUGAGGCGUCGGGCGGAAAAUACGUGCCUCGAGCCUGCCUCGUCGACCUCGAGCCGGGCACCAUGGAUUCGGUCAGGGCCGGGCCGUUCGGCCAACUCUUCCGCCCCGACAACUUUGUUUUUGGCCAAUCCGGUGCCGGCAACAACUGGGCCAAGGGGCACUACACCGAGGGAGCGGAGCUUGUCGACAAUGUGCUCGACGUCGUCAGGAAGGAGGCGGAGAGCUGUGAUUGUCUACAGGUCUCCGACACGGUCGUCGAGCCGUACAACGCGACGCUGUCGGUGCAUCAGUUGGUGGAGAACACCGACGAAACCUUCUGUAUCGACAACGAGGCUCUAUACGACAUCUGCUUCCGCACCCUGAAGCUGACCACGCCCACCUAUGGCGAUCUGAACCACUUGGUGUCGAUGACGAUGAGUGGGGUGACGACCUGUUUGCGGUUCCCUGGCCAGCUGAACGCCGAUCUCCGAAAGCUGGCGGUGAACAUGGUACCGUUCCCGCGUCUCCACUUCUUCAUGCCCGGAUUUGCGCCACUGACUUCUCGUGGAUCUCAACAGUAUCGAGCCCUGACCGUACCCGAGUUGACGCAGCAAAUGUUCGACGCCAAAAACAUGAUGGCGGCUUGUGACCCACGGCAUGGAAGAUAUCUGACUGUCGCUGCGAUGUUCCGUGGCCGAAUGAGCAUGAAAGAAGUAGACGAGCAAAUGCUGAACGUCCAGAACAAGAAUAGCUCGUACUUUGUGGAGUGGAUCCCGAAUAACGUCAAAACUGCCGUCUGUGAUAUUCCACCACGUGGUGUCAAGAUGGCUGCGACUUUCGUUGGAAAUUCGACGGCUAUUCAGGAGCUGUUCAAGCGCAUCUCCGAGCAGUUCACUGCAAUGUUCCGGCGAAAGGCCUUCCUUCACUGGUAUACCGGCGAGGGCAUGGACGAGAUGGAGUUCACCGAGGCCGAGUCGAACAUGAACGAUCUCGUGUCCGAGUAUCAGCAGUAUCAGGACGCUACCGCCGACGACGAGGGCGAAUUCGAGGCGCACCACGACCAGGAGGAGGAG